AGGGUCAGUUGACCUUCAGUGAUGUGGCCAUAGAAUUCUCUCAGGAGGAGUGGGCGUGCCUGGACCCAGCUCAGCAGAAACUGUACAUGGACGUGAUGUUGCAGAACUACAGGAACCUGGUAUUCCUGGGUGUGUCUAAGCCAGACCUACUCACCUUUUUGGAGCACAUGAAGGAGCCCUGGGAGUUGAAGAGAAAAAAGACAAUACCCAUCCAGCCAGCUAUAUCUUCUCAAGUCACCCAAGGUUUCUUCUCAAAGUCAGGUGUAGAAGUGUCAUUCCAGAAAAUGUUACAGAGUACAUAUAAUGAAGAGCGAAGUCACCAAUGCAAUGAAUCUCAGAAAAACUUUAACCAAGGGUCAAAUUCUAACAACCAUCAAAGAGCCCAGCUUCCACAGAAAAAGUAUAAAAGGCCUAAAGUCUUUGAAAAAAGUUCAAACAUUUUUAUACCUCAGAGUAUUCAUACUGUAGAGAAGACAGAAAGUUUUAGUGAAUGUGCCAAGUCUUCCAACCAAUCAUCAAAUCUUACUGAACAUAAAAGUCCUCAUAUUGAGGAGGAGUCUCUCCCGUGUAAUCACUACGUGAAAGUGUUUAGUCAGUCUUCUAAGUUAAAUAUACAUAAGGAAAUCCAUACUGCAGAGAAGCCUUACAAAUGCAAAGAAUGUGAUAAAGCCUUUAAGUGGCAGGCAAAUGUUAUUUUGCAUCAGAGAAUUCAUACUGGAGAGAAGCCUUAUAAAUGUAGAGAAUGUGGCAAAGCUUUUAUCCAGAGUUCAUAUCUUACUCGACAUCAAAUAAUUCAUUCUGGAGAGAAGCCUUAUAAAUGUACUGAAUGUGGCAAAGCUUUUAGCCACUGUUCAAACCUUAGCCAUCAUCAGAGAAUUCAUACUGGACUAAAGCCUUAUAAAUGUAGAGAAUGUGGUAAAACCUUUAUUCGGAGCUCAAGUCUUACUCGGCAUCAGAUUAUUCAUUCUGGAGAGAAGCCUUAUAAAUGCAGAGAAUGUGGCAAAACUUUUAUCCAGAACUCACAUCUUACUCGACAUCAGAUAAUUCAUUCUGGAGAGAAGCCUUAUAAAUGUACUGAAUGUGGCAAAGCUUUUAGCCACUGUUCAAACCUUACCGAACAUCAGAGAAUUCAUACUGGAGAGAAGCCUUAUAAAUGUAGAGAAUGUGGUAAAACCUUUAUCCGGAGGUCAAAUCUUACUCAACAUCAGAAAAUUCAUUCUGGAGAGAAGCCUUAUACAUGUAGAGAAUGUGGCAAAGCCUUUAACCAGGGCUCACAACUUGCUAAACAUCAGAAAAUUCAUUCUGGAGAGAAGCCAUAUACAUGUGAAGAAUGUGGCAAAGCCUUUACCCGGGGCUCACAUCUUACUCAACAUCAGAAUAUUCAUUCUGGAGAGAAACCCUAUAAAUGUACAGAAUGUGGCAAAGUCUUUAACUGGUAUUCAGCCUUUUCCAAACAUCAGAGAAAUCACUCAGGACACAAACCCUUAUAAAUGUGCAGAUGUCAAAAUGCCUUCACAUCAUAUUUAAACAUUUAUAGUAUCAGAGGACUCAACUAGAGAGAAGCCUUAGAAACACAGAAUGUGGCAAAGCCUUUACCCACUGCUCAAAUCUUACCAAAUAUAUGAGAAUGCAUACCUGAGAGAAGCUUUACAAAUGUGAAGAGUAUGACAAAGCCUUUAAUGUCGCUAUUGCUGUACUCAAUAUUGGGAAAUUUAUAGCAAAUAGAAGCUGUAUAAUAAAAGCCUAAGCAACCCUUACAGCAGAACAACCAGAAUGACUGGAUUCUAUGAUGUUCACUG